CAAGGGAGCAACGGAAACCGCUGAUGAUCAUCUUCCAUCGAUCUUGGUGCCCUCACUGUCAAGUCCUGCGGGAGAGAUUUGCAGCAUCUUCGUCCAUCUUUGAGGCAUCACUGGAUUUCGUAAUGGUGAACCUGCACGACGAAGAUGAUGCCACGAUGCCCGAUGACAAACGUUUCGCGCCCGAUGGGAUUUAUGUCCCCAGGGUCCUCUUCCUUGACUCUGAAGGGAAUCUGAUGGACGUGAAGAAUGAGGCGAAAUAUGAUCAAAAAUAUAACUAUCCCAUGGAAUCGGAACUGCUGAAGGCAAUGUACGAGGCACGGAGACGGGCUUAUGCAGCCGACGACGAAGUCUGCAAUCCUUUGGCUGAUCUCUGAUUUUCAUGGAGCAUCAUAAACACAUCUAAUUGAAAUAUUUGAGCAUUUCAUUCAAUAGCUUCUUGUCAUAAAAGUAUGCUAUCUUGACACUUAUGCUAAAUAUUGAAACUUUUGAAUCAAAAGCAGAGACAUGGGUGGCACUUUAAAAAUCAGACAAAAAUGGUAAAACUUAGAAGGUACAUGAUUCAGAGCCUAACCAGGGCUUAUACUAUCACUCAAACUAAGUGAAACAGUUACAUGCUGAAUGCUACACUUAUCAUAAAUAAAAUUGAGUGCCCACAAAUACUUUUUGAGUAGAUUCCUUUCUCUUCCAUCUUGGCUUGGAAAAUUGUGCUAAACUGAUAAUAUAUGAUGUGGUGGCUUCAUAGUCUUUGAAUCAGUAUUAUAGUAUGGCACAAUUGAGGAAAGAGGGCAGUCCACUGCUUCUCGAGGGACCAUAUUUUUUAAACUGGAACUUAAUAUUGAAAAAAUAUGAGAGGUACAGGUGUUCCAAUG